UUGUUCCGCGCGCGACGGCGGCUGCGAGGUUCGCGAAACGCAAUUAUUCCGGAAUUAUUGUUUGUUCGACGACGUUGUCUCUGCCGCCGACGCAGCUUUAUCGUUUGCCCGUUGUUGUCGCCGUUGGAUUUUGCCGCUACCAAACUAUUGCCGCGCACACAAGCCACGGCCAGUGUAACAUUGACACAGACAGACAGAUUUCCUACUCACUGUAAGACCAACGACGAUAUUUGGCUGAGGCUCGUUAGGGUUGGUUUAUUGGUUCUUUUUUUGUUACUUAUAUUUUUCCCGUCGCCGUUGCGACACGUGAGAUCCGUAGAUACGCGCGAGCAUCCGCUCAAAGGUCGCCACGACCAAGCUGAGUGUAUGGAACCCGCAACGAGCACUAACAAUUGGUAGCUUGCCAGAUUGAGUAAUAAUAGAAACGUGAACUCCAAUCCGUCUUACAUGUGCCUCACGCAAUGUCGUGGUUUAACUAUUGUACGGAGAACCUGCAGAAGAGAUGCUGCCGGUACCUGCUGCAACGGUUCGUCGGGCGCUUCCUCGAACACAAAAUCGAACCCGACCAACUGUCCAUAAACGUCUUGGACGGAGCAGUAUCCCUCGAAGACAUUGUCCUAGAUGUCCAGGCACUCAACGAUGUUGGAGAAGAACACUUAUUACCGUUUGAAUUUGUGGAAGGUAGCGUGGAUAAAAUAUCGUUAUCGGUGCCAUGGAGAAAUAUGCUUACAGAUUCUAGCGUCAUACACAUCGAGGGACUGAAUCUUACAGUUCGUCCAAAUUUGAAGGAAACUGAAGGAAUCCCAAGUUCUAUGUUGGAAUCUGUGUGGUCAUCGAUGUCUAAUAGUGUGUAUUCUUCUCCAGAUAGUGACUACGAAGAGACCUUUGAGAAUGCACCAGAGUCUGAACAAGUGUCGGGCUUAGAAGUGUUUACCCAAGCUAUAGAAUCUAUAUUAAACAGAAUAAAAGUGAAAUUUUCAAAUACUGUGAUAAAAUUAGAAUAUAUGCCAGAUUUUUUAAAAGUAGGAUUAGGAUUACAAUUACACAUAAUUAGUUUAGAUUACAUUGAUGAAGUGGCAGAUGAAUCAAAAGAAGGAAUAAUUUAUGAUAAUUUAGCUUUCCUUACCAAAAAGCUGGCAAUUGAAGGUGUGUUUUUACAAACAUAUGAGUUCAAUUGUAAAACGUCCAACAAUGAAAGCACUACUUCAAAAGCUAGUACCACUGAACCUUUGACCAUUGCCGAGCUAACUGGUACUCAAACCAUCAAGAUGGUACUUAAACACAACCCUAGUCUUCCUGGUCCAAAAUUAAGUCUAGAAAUCAAUUUUGGACCACUCAAUGUUAUUUUUUCUCCGAGGCAACUUUAUUUAGUCAUUGAGCUGCUACGAGGUAUAUCAAAACCUCUAACAGAUCAGAAACAAAGUGUACCUGUACAAAAACCGAUGACAGAAUCUGAUUUCAACCACAUAGAAAUUGAUUUAAUAAAUCACGUAGAACCAAAACUCGGUGUUGGCGUCGGUUUGAGAGGAAUGCAAGGAUGGUCAGAAGUGCAUGAUAUCGAAGAAGAAUUUUAUCCAUUACAAGGGGCUAAAAAAAAUAAUUUCAUGCCAAGUAUGGAUUCAUCAAUGACUUCCAGUAUGAGUAGUAUAGCUAGCAGUAGAUCCGAUUUGUCAUCGCGCUAUUCCAGGCAUAAAAAUAAAAGUAAAAAUGAGUGGUUAGGCGAAACAAAUCAUUUUAAUGUGCAGUUGGCGUCACUUUGUGUGGUUCUACUGCACGAGGACGUUCUAGCUGUAUGUCCUGAAACUGAAACUAUCACCCAAUGUUCUCAAAAUGAAAUGCGUAAAAUAUCUCAUCAGUACCUGAUGACCGUUCAAAGUGCCGAUGCACUUCAGGACCACGAUAAAAUUACUAAGUCUUUAGAAAGAAACCAUUUAAGGCUGGUAGCCACUAAGGUGGUCGUAGAAGGUGAUGAAAAAACCAAUGAGACCGUCAAAGACGUAAAUAUACAUGCUUUGGGAAAUGAUGUUGAAAUCUUGGAAGUACUUGUAGAUUCUUCCGAAGACCCAACGCAAUAUAUUCCGCUUUUGCGUUUUGUUCGAGAUGAUAAGUUUUCUCAUUUAAAAACAUCCAAUACUGAUCAACCAGAUAUUCAAGUUCAGUUCAAACAUAAUACAAAGUCUACGAGAUUUUGUAAUCCUGUUUCAUUAGAAAUCAAAAUCAACAUGCAAGAAGCAUUUUCUGAAGUAGACAUUUCAAUUAUUAACCGAUUAUCUUCAUAUAUUUACAGUCCAGAUUUUAGGAUCUCCAAGAAAACUCCUCUAAAUGUUUAUCAACCACAGUUCAAUGAUGUGAUUGGAACUGUCAACGAUACAAUUAAUAUAGUUUGUUCCAUUAGCUUCACAUACCUCGUUAUUAAAUUCCGUUUUCCUAUACCUGACCUAAGACCGUUGAGCGAUGUUAAUCGAUUGCCGUGGUGGAAACGCAUUUUGCGGGACGAUAUUCUAUGGUUAUAUCUAACCGACGCUGAGGGUUCGUUUACUAAGUUAUCUCAACAAACGGACUCGACUGGCUAUGAAUUUCAGUGUAGAACCGUCGAAGCUUUAUUCCAAGAAGCUAACUCGAAUAUAAUUAUUCCAGUUGCCAAAUGUAUAGGUGUGGAUGAUAAUUUGAAAAACAUUAGGAUAGACAAUAAAUGUUUGCCAAAAUUGGUUUUGAAAUUGUGCCCAAUAAAUGGAAGUCAUGAUGAAACCAAAGCAGACAAUACAAAUAUCGAACAUAAUAUAACGAGUAGUGUUUACAUUGAGUCGUCUAAGAAACCAUCCCCGUUUGCUUCUAAAAAAAUCAUGAGGCAAAGAAAUCACCAUUCUGAAAAUCAUGAAUACAACCAGAAAUUAAGCGAUGGCGAAAUACAAGUAGUGCCGGGUUCAAGAGAAGAAAUAAUGGAGUUUGUAGAAAACACUAAUGCCAACACAAAAGUGUUCUUAGAUAUUAAUCUUCCAUAUGUUUACGUGACUUUACCGUCAAAACAUCUCUAUGAAACUAUCUAUAAUAGAUUCACCAAUGAUUUAUUUUUCUGGUCACCGUCAUUCCCAACUCCUGCAUCGCGCCGUGGCGACUCAAAUAGGUUGUCUUAUAUGAACAGAACUCGAUACUUUGCCCCGUGCAAGUCUGGAAUACAAUUUGAGUCUGAAAGUGAAUCUGAAGAUGAGUUAUCCGAUGUCUAUUUCUCUUGUGGGCAAUCUAAUAUGCAUAUUGCUGAUCCUAUGAUUAAGCGAACAGAGUUUUGUUUGAAUUUAAAUAUCUCGCAAGGCUUGUUUACUAUUGUCACUCAGUCCAGGGAUCGUUCUGGAAGAGUUAUACCACAACAUUACGGAGAACUUCAGAUUGUGUUCCAAGAUUUAUAUUUAUAUAUGGCAGCUGGGUAUGAAAAUACACCUAGACACAACUUUAUUUGUAUUCAGGCAAACAAAUUUUCUCUAAGUCACGAAAAUCUUACGACUAGCAAUAGUGAAAUCAUAACACCCAAGGAAGUUGUUUGCAAGAGAAAUAAAUUAUUAAAACGUACACUGUAUCAAGUACCAAAUGGUAUGGAUCUCAAAGAAAGGUCAUGUAUGGAUAAUAGUGAUAUGCUAACAGUCGUUGUAGAAAUAUCCGUGUGCAAUCAUAUCAAGACAAUACGAGUAGCUAAUGAAAUCUCUGGUACUACACUUAGGCAUGUGUUUAGUAUUGUCUCUCAGAGUUGGUAUUAUCAACUAUCAGACUUCUUUGAUGUAGUCGAUUAUCCGGUGGCCGGUUAUGAAUCCCCUCAUGUUGUCACUGAAUUACAUCAACACAUUCGAGAAUGCCUCAUAGACUACAGACCUCUUCACCUACCGUAUCAAUGUGUCCUCACCAUUGGCAGUUUCAGUCUGUCUAGUAACAUUGUAGCGAGAUCUAAAGCAUCUACUUUACAGAUAGUUUCUGAGGACGUUGCAUUAUUUAUUUCUGCGCGAUUAUCCAAUGCAGAAAAUGUAGACCUUAUGUCCAACUACAUUUGUGUCAUGGAUUUGGGUGUGUUUGAACUUUCUUUAAAAUUCUGCAAAGCAUCAACACAAGUGACUAUGUUAACGCAACCUGAAAAGGACUUGAGAAUGGCUGUCAAUGUUAUACACAUUAGAACUUGUGCAGAUUCUGCUUUCGCACUGUGUCGCUUGAUUAGUUACGUAGCUUCGGAUGGUGACAAAAGUUCUGUUGAAGAAGACGUUACCGAAUUUGAAGGAAUGGACCAUCGAGAAGAACAAAAUGUAUUGGAUCAGGCCAAUUCUGAUAACAGUUCUGUAUCGAGUCUCAUUAUGGAAGCAAUGCAUGAAGAAAUUGUUGUACAAAAGUCAAAUGAUACGGUUGAAAAUAGUUUUAAAAAAAAUAAUCCUACAAACUCCAAUCAGAGUAGGAAAGGCAUUGAAGUAUUUUACUUUCCGGAUGAAACUAAUAAAAUAGUCACGCCGUUAUUGGACACUUCACAACAUUCACAGUUGAUCGAUAUAGACUAUGAAUUAGAUAAAGAUAUUGAAAAAGAUUUUUGUUUUGUCGAACACGAAGCGGGAUCUGGAUUAAUGCCGAGAGGAAACGUUCCUGAAGUACGCAUGUUAACUGAUACUCAAAUACGUGUAGUAAAUAACCAUUUUAAAACUCCAGUGGGUAAAAUCGAUAUGCUCCAAGCACCAAAAGGUUAUCCGAUGCCAGUCACGAGAUAUACGUUGCGAGAAAUGACGUUAAUUUGGCAUAUAUACGGUGGUACUGAUUUUGACACCAAAACAUCUUCAAAUUUGCAUAAUGAAUUGACAAAACAUGUCACUAUAGUAUCAGAAACAAAUUCUUGUCCAACUUCUCCAAAUACUCUUAGGCCUUCUCUGUCGCGCUAUUAUUCUCAGUCUAAUAUUAAUUCACCACAAAAAAAUCCAACUAGUAGUAAAGGCUCAACAAACGUUUCUCAAGCUAGAACCCGAUUUUGCUGUAGUGUUUUACCGACAAGUUGGCAAGCGAAAGGUGGCGCUGGACGACAACAUCAUGUCCUUAUGCAAUUGCAAUUGAAUAAGGUACGAUUCCAACAGGAAAUUUACCCACCCAGUACUAAACAAGCAAUGCGGCAAGUGGUGCUCAUACAAGACCUAGAAAUCCGUGAUAAACUCGCGUCAUCAAACAUUAAUAAAUUCUUGUAUUUAUAUUCUAGUGAAGCGAUGCCCAAACAGCAUGAUGCCAAUAUGCUGGUUGCCAAAGCGGCUCAUAUCCGACCGGAUUCCAAUUUAAUGGCUCAAGAGUGCUGUGUGAAGGUAUCCAUGUCACCGUUAAGACUCAACAUUGACCAAGAUUCUCUGAUUUUCCUGAUCUCAUUUGUUAACCAGUUCUCUAGGCUGAGUCAAAAAACCAAAGAUGAAGUAAUAAAUGAAAAGAAAAUUGUUUCAAAACCCAACGAGCCUAUAAUGACAGUAAGAAAUGCUGAUAACAUUAAUAAAUCAAUUACUCCCAAUUCGUUGAUAGAGUUAAAUGAUGAAUUUGAUGAACAUUUUGGACAAAAAGACUUGCCAAUUGUUUCAAACUUUGAUAUCAGCUCUCCUCCGAGUGAUAGUAAAUCUCCAGUUUAUAUAAGACAAUUCAUAUUUUCACCGGAUGUAACAAUCCGAUUAGAUUAUGAAGGCCGACACAUUGAUCUUAGCCAAGGCUCUCUGGCAGGUUUGCUCAUGGGUUUGGCUCAACUUAAUUGUUCUGAGAUAACAUUGAAACGCAUAGUGCACAAGCAUGGCUUACUUGGAUUUGAUAAAUUAUUAACAUUUGUUACACAAGAAUGGUUACAAGAUAUUAAAAAACAUCAACUACCAUCAUUAUUAGGUGGUGUUGGCCCGAUGUACUCGUUUGUUAGAUUGGUUCAAGGUUUUAGAGACUUAGUGCAGCUUCCAAUUGAACAAUAUCAAAAAGAUGGUCGAAUAGUUAGAGGCCUGCAAAGAGGUGCUAAUUCCUUUACCACAUCAACAGCGAUGGCUGCCCUUGAAAUAGCUACACGGAUUGUUAAUCUUAUCCAAAGAGUGGCUGAGACAACGUACGACAUGGUGAAUCCUGGUCCUAGCAUGCGACAGUUACGAUUGCAAGAAUCUAAAAAGAAAAAUCGCUCAAACAAACGAGCCCAUCCUGCUGAUAUACGAGAAGGAGUUGCUACUGCAGUUAUGCUGGUUAAAGAGGGUCUAGGAGAAACUGCUCAAACUCUGGUACGAGUUGCUAGCGAAGAGCACGAAAUUAAAGGCACUGCUGGAAUGGUGGGUGGUGUCAUGCGGCAGAUACCACCCACGGCUCUGACACCAAUCAUACUCGCUAGCCAAGCAACGUGUAAUGUACUACAAGGUGUCCGUUGUCAACUGGCACCUGACGCUAGGGUUGAAGCAAUGCAAAAAUGGAGAUGUGAUUAACCACUGAUCUACAUAUCAAAUGACCAAUUUAUAAUUACCAAUUAUAUAGUUAUAUAAUAUAAUAUAUGUUUGUUGUUGUUUUUUUUUCGAAUGACUCAUUUGCGCUUAUUAUUGUCCGAAAUCAAAGUAAUAAUUAUGAAAUACAGUUCCAAAACUAGUGUGACUAAAUGUGAAUGCUGUUGUGUGUUAUGUGAAAUUUAUAGUAUAUUUGAAACAUUUGUAAAUGAUAUUAUGUAGUAAAACUCAAGUAUUGAAAAGACACCAAAUAUUUUAAAACGAAGAUGCAAUCUAAUAUAUCAUUAUAUUUAUAUUUUUUAAUUUAGUGCCAUAAUUUUGUGGUAUCAUUAUUCUUGGUUUACAUUAAAUAUGUGACUUGAGUAUUUUGAUUUGUUGAAUGUUAUUUUUUUUACUAUUAACCAGAUGUUU